AUGGUUUAUGGUCAUGAACCAAAUAUUUCCCAUCUAAGAAUUUUUGAAUGUGCGGUAUAUGUGUCAAUUGCUCUACCACAACGCACAAAGAUGAAACCUCAAAGAAGAUUGGAGAUAUAUAUUGGAUAUGAAUCACCAUCUAUAAUUAAAUAUCUUGAGCCAUUGACGGGAGACUCAUUCACGGCACAGGAAAAUAAGCAGUUGGAAAAGGAAAUAAUCUGGCGUGAGUUAUCAUUAGCUCACUACGAUCCUCGUACAAAGCAAUCUGAACUUGAAGUUCAGAAAAUCAUUCAUUUGCAAAAUUUAGCAAAUCAAUUGCCAGAUGCGUUUACUGAUCCUAAAAAGGUUACGAAAUCUUAUAUUCCAGUUGCAAAUGCUCCAAUUAGGAUUCAUGUCCCUGAAGGACAACCUACUACUGCUAACGAGCCUAAAAUGCAAGUGAAAUGUGGUAGAUCAGUCGGUCCAAAGAUAAAAAUCCUCGAAAAAGAAAAGAAGUAA